AUGCCGUCAACAAAGCGGUUGCGCACCGAACCCAUCGUGCGGGUCAGGACCGGAUGCUGGGCAUGCCGACGCCGCAAGAAGAAGUGCGACGAAGCGAAGCCCGUCUGCGGGGGCUGCGUGCGCAACAGGCUGACCUGCCAAUGGCCAUCGAGCGUGCUUGGGGUGCCUGACUCCGCUGCUGUCACUGCCACUACAACACCCUAUACAGAGAGCCAUGCGCAUGGCUUAGAACACGUCUCUCGGGCACAGCAUCGAACAUCCAGCUCGCCAGGGACCCCAUCAGCAGCGUCAUCGUCGACGUCCUCUGAUUCUGCGGUUUCGCCGGAGGAGAUCCCGCGCGAUAUGGACCUCCCUAUGGACGAACGUAACACGCCAACACUCGCCACCCUCGCCUCGCGAGCUUCUUCAGCCGACACCGUACCACCACCCAUCAUAGCAUCGACGACGGCUUUGACCAUCGGUAAUGCUUUACCCCGAGCGAUGUCCAUGAUGCCCGACCACGGACUGGACGCUUACCAGCUACUGAGCCACUACAUGGCGACAACGGCCGAUUGCAUGGCUAACGGGUCGACACCCAUCAACCCGUUCCUGGUGCAGAUCGUGCCGCUGGCGUUCAGCAGUGAUCUGCUACUGCAGCUGGUGCUGACGCAGAGCGCAGCGCAUCGGGCAUUUCGACGCCUCAAAGACUCGGACGAGGUGGCACAGAGCCACUACACGAAGGCGCUGCAGCUUUUCCGGCGCGGAGUCACCGAAUUCAUCGAGGGCAAGGAAUCGAACCCGCUGAUACUGACGGUGGGGGCCUUAGUGAUGUGUUUUACUGAGACCGCGAAAGGCGACAUGAACGGCACAAUCUUCGACCACCUCUCCGCAGCACACUCGCUGUUGCUCCGUCUACUCGCCCAGUCCGAUGCGGCUGUGCCGAAAGACUUGAAAGACUUUGUCAUCGAGUACUACACCUACACUGCAGCGGUGAGCAUGAUCUCCAUCGACGCCCGGGUCAGCCAGCAGGUGCUGUUGAAUUUCGAUCUGGAGCAGAAAGCCCGCCAGCUGUUGGAAGUCGGGUACGUCGGGAACCUGUGCGGCUGCUGGCUGGAAUUGCUGUUGUUGAUUCCUUGUAUCUUCGAUCUGGGACGGCACUGGAUGGUGAUGCCUAGCAACGAGGACCAGCUGCCUGCCAUCGUGCCCACGGCGGACGAGAUUGCCAUGUACGGGUCGCUACAGGCGCAGAUCAUGCGGUGGUCGCCGUACCCGAGUGUCUCGCCGGAGGUGUUCCUAGCGGGGCGCAUCUUCCAGCAGGCUAUGCUACUCUACCUCUACACUUCCUUAGGCGGCUAUGCACGGUCGAGGACGGGGAUGCACCAUAUGCUCGUUCAGACUGCGAUCGCCGAGGCUAUGUCAUAUCUCACUCAGUUGUCGGCGACUGCCCGCAUCAAUUCGGGCCUCUGCUGGCCCAUUGCUGUGGUUGGGUCCUGUCUCUCCGACGUCGACCAGCAAGAGAAUCUACGGCAGAGAUUGACGACGAUGGUUUCUACCUUCGGGUUGGGCAAUAUGCAUCGUACGAAGUUACUACUGGAGCACAUGUGGCAGAUGCCUCUGGAAGAGGCGGGACCUUGGAACAUCUGCCGGGCAAUGGAGCAAAAUCAAAUCUGGAUAUCGUUUGCAUGA